AUGGGAAGCAACCAGUCAUGGGUCACAGAAUUCAUCUUGGUGGGAUUUCAGCUCAGUGCAGAGACGGAAAUGUCCCUCUUCUGGCUCUUCUCCCUGCUCUACAUCUUCAGUCUGUUGGCAAACGGCAUGAUCUUGGGACUCAUCUGUCUGGACCCGAGACUACACACCCCCAUGUACUUUUUCCUCUCCCAUCUGGCCAUCAUUGACAUCUCCUAUGCAUCCAACAAUGUCCCCAAGAUGUUGGCAAACUUAACAUUUUUGUAUUUGGGUUUUGCUGCUACAGAGUGUCUGAUUCUGGUGGCCAUGUCCUAUGAUAGGUUUGUGGCAAUCUGCCACCCCCUCCAGUAUACUGUCGUCAUGAGCUGGAGAGUGUGCCUGGUCCUGGCUGUCACUUCCUGGUCAUGCGGAUUUAUUCUGGCUCUGAUACAUGCAAUUCUCCUUCUAAGGUUGCCCUUCUGCGGACCCUGGGAAGUGAACCACCUCUUCUGUGAAAUCCUAUCUGUCCUCAAGCUGGCCUGUGCUGACACAUGGAUCAACCAAUUGGUUAUCCUUGCUGCCUGUGUGUUUGUCUUAGUUGGGCCCCUCAGCUUAAUGCUAAUCUCCUAUAUGUGCAUCCUCUGGGCCAUCCUUAAGAUCCAGUCUGGGGAGGGCCGCAGAAAGGCCUUCUCCACCUGCUCCUCCCACCUUUGUGUGGUUGGACUCUUCUUUGGCAUAGCCAUGGUCGUUUAUAUGGUCCCAGAUUCCAAACAACGAGAAGAGCACGAGAAAAUAUUGUCCCUUUUUCAUAGUCUCUUUAACCCAAUGCUGAACCCUCUCAUUUACAGCCUGAGGAAUGCUCAGGUAAAGGCUUCUUUGUACAGAGCACUGAAGAAAAUUUAA